AUGCUUCGUCCCGGCAGCGUCGACUCCCGCACUGCGCUCGUUCUUACCAGUGCCAUCUCCUUCAAGAGCUUUUGGCAAUUCCCUUUCCCUCCCGUAAAUACAAUACUUCAAAACUUCCGCAUCGACUCUAAGACCAACGUGCGAGUGAACAUGAUGUUCACAGACAGCAGUUUCAAAGUAGGCCAUUCAGAGGAGCUGGGUGCCAGGGCCUUAGAGAUACCAUACAGAGGCGAAAAGGCAUCGAUGGUAAUCCUCCUGCCUGAUGAAGUAGACGGGCUAUACUGCCUAGAAGAGUCGAUGACUGGGACUAGGAUCUCCAUGCUUCUUGCAAAUAUGAGGUUGGUGCAAGACGUGCAAGUCAGCCUACCGAAGUUCAAGUUCGAUUAUACCUUGCCUCUUAAGGAGACUAUGGAAGAUCUCGGCGUCAAGGACUUGUUCACGCCGGGCGAAGCGGAUCUCUCGGGUAUAUUCGAGAGCGGUCGGCCGGCGGUGUCUGAGAUAAUCCACAAGGCGGUAGUCGAGGUGAACGAAGAAGGCACCGAGCCUUCGACUAGCAUGACCAGUGCGGUAAUUGAGUCUGCCGGAAAGGUCGCUGCGCAGGCAAUGCGCUUCACCGUUGAUCAUCCUUUCAUGUUUCUCAUCAAAAGCAACGAACCUGAUGUCAUCCUCUUUAUGGGUUCAGUGAGAAAACUGUGA